UAUACCUAAUCAGUUGUUGAGCUGUACUCCACAUAAGAGGUGAAUUUGUCUUCAGUGUGUCUUUAAAUUUAGUAUGUUUUGAGAAUAUUGCGCUUCCGUAAUGGAUGAGCUACUUAACGUUGAUAAAGAACUCUUCAAUAAGUUUUUGAAUUUUCUGAAGUUGUACGAUCCAUUUCAAAUCGAUGCAAGAACCGCUUUCGACUUCUUCGGCUUUUAUGUUUCAAUAGAGAAGAUCAAAAUCGAAGGUUUUUCGAACGUUUUAACAGAUAUAUCCAUUAAUCCCGGUUUACCAAGAAGCACCUUAACUUUUGAAUUACGUUUACCAAAAAUAUCCGGCUAUAUCAAAUCGUACGCAAGUAAUGUACCUUUCAUUUACGGAAGGUGUAAUGGAAGGUUCCACUUGAAAAACAUGAAGCUUAAUGUUUUAGUUGUUUACAACUUGUUCGAGGGUCUAUUGCCCAUUUCAGUAACGACAUCCGUUAAAAUGGCACAGGUGAUAAUUACCGGAUUUAAUGGCAAUGAAGAAUUAAGUACGAGCCUAAGUAGAAAGAUAAGCGAGUUCUUGAAGAACGUCAUAAAUAGCUCACAGACGCACGAAAUCAUUGAAAGCUUUAUUAAUGGUGUUGUUACAGGAUUCAUGAAAGCAAAGGAUCCUAUACCUACGCUUAAUAUAUAACUAAAUGUAAUCUACUGCCUAGGUGUAAUGGUGUAACCAUAGCAUAUUGUCUCAAGAAACGUAAAAAAAAAACAUAUGGUUGCAUGGUUUUAACUUUUUUUAAAUAUGAUAUUAGUGUCUUUAUAUAAUUUUAUUCGCAUAAGAAAAUAACGCAUUUUUAUAUUAUAAGCUGUUGUCUGUCUGUUGUAUUUCUAAUGUUAAAAUUAAAACGCGCGAUGAUGAUGUUUUCGAUAAAAAGAAAUGGCAAAACAUAUCUUGCUUAUAGAAUAAACAUCCAAAUAAAAGAAGUUAUAAUGA